GUUCUAUCUUGAUAUUGUACGAAAAGGUAUUUUGAUUGCCGGGAAUUUUAUGAUUUUGCGCACUGAAAUGCCGCUGCUAUCGCCUAUCGAAACGUCACACCCCUUGGCGUUAUCACACAUCCCUAUAUAAGGUCCUUCCUUCCGCGAUAUUGUAGUGGCUGUGGCGAGAGUAAUGCUGCGAAUUACUUUUCGUUGGCACGGAUGUUGCGAAAGUGACCAUCGGAAAUUGACCAUUGUGCAAACGUCUUACACACAUAAUAGAGAAAUUGAAGCAGAGAAAUAGUCGAGCAAAAUUAUUAAAGUGCCAGGCUUCAUUGCGAGAAGAAUUAUCGUUAACGCAACGCACGUGUUUCAUUUAAAUUAUGAGACCAGCUUUCAAGGGUCGGCGAUUUCCCUUUCGAACGAGACAACAGCCGGGCCGAGCUACGCCGAGUAUCAACAUCCCCACCCUGUGCGAGCAAAAAGCUGCAUUACCCUCGUGAACAUUGCCGUUUCGUCGAUCACAUCCCUUUUCUUUUUUUUUCGAAUUUUUUACCGCGUGAUGGAUUUGCGAGAAAGAACGCGAUGAGGGGAGAUUUCUUCGAGUUAUAUUAUGAUUUAUAAAUGCGUUCGGGCUGUCGAUACGCGCUGCGCUAUCGUAACAUAUCAUGGAGCCAGUACGUCUUUUGAUACAAAUUCUAAUGCUGUUUACCUGGUGUACAAAGGGAUCCCCUGGAAACGCUUUCGAAAAAUGCAUUCUUCCCCUUGGCAUGGAAGAAGGAAGAAUCCCGGAUGAAGCGAUCACGGCAUCGUCCAGUUACGAGAUGAAAUCCGUCGGCCCUCAAAAUGCAAGAAUACGGCAGGAAAAGAACGGUGGUGCUUGGUGUCCGAAAGCUCAAAUCAGUAGCGCUAUACGCGAAUAUCUGGAAAUUGACUUGACGAGAGAUCAUCUUAUCACGUGGACCGAGACUCAAGGUCGAUUCGGAAACGGUCAGGGUCAGGAAUACGCCGAGGCAUUUUUUCUGGAAUAUUGGCGACACGAAAAGUGGCAUCAGUAUAAAGAUUUGAAGGGGAACAAGAUCCUGCGUGGUAAUAGCAAUACAUAUCUAGUCGAGAAGCAGAAGUUGGAUUUACCGUUUGUUGCGAGUCGAGUGAGAUUUGUUCCUUACAGUCAACAUCCGCGCACCGUGUGCAUGCGUGUCGAGAUUUACGGUUGCAUCUGGAACCGAAACAUUGCUAAUUAUGCUAUGCCUAAAGCUGAUAAAAUUGGACCUAAUGGAUGCAAUGUCGAGGAUACGUCAUAUGAUGGCACCGAGAUCGAGAAUUUAAUGUUAAAUGGGUUGGGACAAUUAACAGAUGGUAUAAUCGGCAGCGAAAGUGAGAUCCGAGAAUCUAAUAGAGUAACCAAUUGGGUCGGAUGGCACAAUCGCGACAAUGUAGAAUUGUUCUUUGAAUUCCGACUUUCUCAGAAAUUUAAAAACUGCACGAUUCACGUGGCCGAUUUGCCCGAUCUAAGUGUCGAGACAUUCUCGAUGGCAAAUUUUUGGUUUUCACUGGAUGGCAAGGAUUAUCACGCAACGCCAGAAAUAUUUCAAACAUUUAAUGACUCUAAGACGAACACCAUCCCUAACAGCAGCAAUGAGAAAAAUGGCAGAAGCAGAAGCAGUAUAUCGAUAUCCAUUCCCUUACAGUCAAGAAUCGGCAAAUUUAUUAAGAUAGAAUUAAAAUUUAAGUCAAAAUGGUUAUUGUUGAGCGAGAUCACAUUUGAGACAGUUUCAGAUAUAAAGAACAUCACUGACAGAGCAUUGGAACGAGUAUGGAUACAUUUGAAUAACAAUGAAAAUAUGACUCAAAUGAUUAAUGAAGAUCAGAUUGCAAAAAUAAAACAGAUGGAGGACAGACAAAAUAAGGACGAAAACAACGAGACUCAAAUAGAUAACAAAAUCAGAGGCGCAACUGGCGAUGAAAAAGGAAUUAAUAUCGGACAUACAAUGACGGGAAUAACUGAAUCGAAUGAAACAACAUCGGUGUUAAACGAGUCGAAUCUAACGCCAGACGCUUUUCCCGUGAAUAAUUCACCAACGUAUAUCGGAUUGAUCAGCGCAGCGUUAACUGUCAUCGCCUUCCUCUCGAGUUGCACAAUCUUCUUGAUGAAGCAGAGGGGUCGCAACAAAGUGGCUCUACUGCAAAAACAUACUGCGUUACUGUGCGGCUCGCCGGCAUCGGGUAUCACGAUCAAUACGAAGGAUAUCAAAUUACCUACACCGAUUGUAGUAAACAAUCUAUCGCAAUCGAGAUUGUCGUUAAAGAGCAAGAUUGGCUCGAAUAACGAUUACAAAUUCAACGAUGUCGGUGCGAAUGGGCAACGUAAUGCUUACGAGAAAAUUGAUAAAAUACCCACGGAACAGUAUAUGAAAUGCGAAGGAAGAUCCAAUUAUAAAACAGAACAAUUUGAUAUUAAAAACAACGAAAACUUUAACGACGAAACACGAGUGGAAUGCAUAAUUCCAACAAUAAAAUCGAAUCCUUCGCAAACGGGAAAAAUCAAUCAGAGGGUUUACGAGAGUUAUUAUGCGGCUACAGACAUCUUGACGAUAAAGAGACGCGAUCAGCAUCCAAGCGUGAGUUUUUUCACACCGCUACUCAUUCGAGAUUCUGUUGUAUCGUACAAACGCGGGACUUACGAUGUUCCACGUAUCUCUCGACAUAGAUUAAGGAUUCUCGAUAAACUCGGCGAGGGAAACUUUGGUUUGGUUCACCUAUGCGAAGCGAAAGGCAUACAAAAUCCGGAUUUAGGUAUCCUUCAAAAUCGUCAAGUAGUGAUAGUCCGGUCUUUAUGGCGUGGUGUCGUCGAUGCUCUAAGGGAGGACUUUAUGAAUGACAUGCGAAUCUUGGCUGAAAUUCGUGAUGUCAACAUUGCCAGGAUAAUCGCCAUUGUUGAAGAAGAACCUUUUAGUGCCAUCUUCGAAUACGGAGAACUUGGAGAUUUGUCCAGUUUUCUAAAAAAUCAUGACCGCAAUGUGCCAAUAAGUUACGAGUGCUCAUUAAAUCUCAUCACGCAAAUCGCUUCGGGUAUGAAGUAUCUCGAAAGUUUAAACGUACCUCAUUGCGAUUUGGCAGCCAGGAAUUGCAUCGUCUGUAAAGAUCUGUUGAUUAAAGUAUCCGACCAAGCCAUGUAUUGCAGUAAAUACGAUAAUGAAUAUUACGUUGAUGAAUGUUAUGCCAAGAUACCGUUACGUUGGAUGGCGUGGGAAGCAGUAUUAUCGGGAAAACGAAGCUGUCAAUCUGACGUUUGGUCGUAUGGCGUAACAAUUUGGGAAGUUCUGACGCGCUGCGAAGACGUACCCCAUGCCGACCUGACUCCGGAACAAGUGUUGGAGAACUGUGGCCUGUGGUAUCAUUCAAUCGACAGCGGCGGUAAAAGAAAAUGUCCGCGGAUUCUCGAACAGCCAGUAUUUUGUUCAGACGACUUGUAUCGGCUGAUGCUGCGAUGUUGGUGUAAACGCGCGGAGGAUCGGCCGAGUUUCCAGGAGAUUCACUGCUACCUCAAGAAGUUGACUUUGGAUUAAAUUUAUGCGAACGCAUUUCUGCGAGAGCGUGCGGAAAACGAUCCAUGCUCAUCAUCAGCAGCAGCAGCAGCGCGGACCAAAUCGAUUACAAUCAGCUGAGAAGCAUCCUGAUUGCUUUCUUGAUCGCUUUUGCAUGUGUGGCUCGAACUUUUCAAUUGCCGAUAAUCCGAUACAUCGAGUCGAAGAGUCGUCAAUGCCUAAACACAUCAAGGUAUGGGAUGCUCUCUGGCCACUAAAAUAUUACUGCUCAACUAGAUUUAUCUAAUUUUGAUUAUAAAUGUAGGUUAAUAAUAUAAUGAUAAAACUCAAAUGCAGCGAAUAAUCGCAGGUUUCUCGUACGAUAUUCUACGCAUUAUAAUUGAGGAAUAAUCUCUGAAGGUGAUAUCUUUCAUUGAUUAUUUCCAUGAUCAAUCAGUAUUUGAGAGAAAUGUGUGAUUUCGCGCGCGAAUAUUUAUCUAUUUACUAAUUUAUUACUUUACACAUAUCUCUCUUUCCUACGCUUAUAUAUAUAUGUGAUAAUCAUUAUCGUUUUUACUCUUAAGAAAAUUGUUCCAUUUUUUCUAUAUCUAUUACCCAGAGCUAAUCGUAGAACGAUUAUGGACAAGAUUUGUAGCAAAGUUUAUCGUAAUUUUGGUGCAGAUUUUGCGCAAGGCUUAAUCGUAUUUUGUCUUAUAGCUGGGUAUAUUUUAUAUCGUCGUAUAGAAUUCGUUGCGUGUAGUCAAAGCAAAAUAAUAUUAAUGAGAUCAGCAUAAAACGAACGUAAUACUCAAUUACGUCGAAUAAUGACAAUCAGUUUUGCUCAUCUAUUUAUAUGUACUUAUUUUACAAAAUAAUAUCAUAAUAUACUCGUAUUGAUCGAUUCAGCUUACCCAUCUUAGGAGGAAGGCGAAUCGUUUAAUCUUUAAUCAAAUUUCGCAAUGGCGCAAAAUUUUUAAAUAGAAAUACUCUUCAUAUAUAUAUAAAUAUAUCCUUU